AUGGGAAUGGAUGCUUCUAGUGUAUUUUCUACUAUCUGGGAUCAGCUAGCUGGGAAGAUUGCCGAGCAACGUCAAACAUACCGUACCGAAACGUGUUACGGUACCAGACUACUUAUCGAAGCAGACGGACACCAGGAAGAGAACUAUUUCGACUGGAAGCUUAUUCCGGUCACCGAUGAUGACGGGAUUGUCAGGGGAUCUUACGGGAUCCCGUCAGAUAGAACACAAGAGGUUAUUCGACAACGACAAAAUGAAUGCAUCCAGCGAGUGUGCCGCCAUACCGGAUCGGCGAGCAACGUGAAAGACCUUUGGCGCACCUUGCUAACCGGAAUCAGCUACAAUGUCAAAGAUAUCCCCUUUGCGUUGCUGUAUUCCUUGGACGCACAGCUAAGUAUCAGCGACCAACCAAGCAAGCCGAGCUACCCAUGUCACCUAGAGGGAAGCAUCGGUGUAGAUCAAAAGGGUCUCUUGGGGCAAGAAUACAUCGACUUGUCGUGCGAUAUUGAUGGUUUCGCUCCAAUCAUGCUCAAGGCACUCCAGCGCGACUCGAUGUUGAUAUUGGAGGCUAGUGACCCGUCCUUGCAUAGUCUUCUUAAUGGAAUCGGAUGCGAAGGGAGUAGGCUAUCUUCCGGACAGUUUGCCAUCGUACCAAUCAAGGAUGAUGGCAGAAUAGCGGCGUUCAUGGUAGUCGGUCUAAAUCCGUACAGGAGAUACAGCGCCCAGUUUUGUGAGUUCCUACAGCUCAUCGCAGAUGUUGCGGCGCCGCAGAUAUCGCGAGCGCGGUUAUCGGAAGAAGUCGCCCGCCAUAAUGAGUUGGCUAAGAGGGCUCAGCUCGACCGAAGGAGGAGCGAUAUGAGAUUUUCGCGGUUUGCGGAGUGGUCAAUCGUCGGCUUGGCCGUUAGCGACGUGAAUGGCAAGAUUCUAUACGCAAAUGAUGCAUGGUAUAAAUUUGCCGGAAUAAGCCCCGCAGACCAAGACGAUUUAAGCUGGUUUGAUAGCGUCGUGCCAGAAGAUGCCGAAUUGCUCUUAGAAUGGCAAACGAGGGUUCUCGAAGAGAAGAAAGGGGGGACGUUUCAAAUUCGGUCUAAGGAACCAUUUCGUCGAGGUCACAUGGCUUCAGAUCAUCGAACAGGUAUUUGUGCUUGCUAUUCGGAUUUAAAUGAAUGUGAUGAAGUCGAGAGCGUCAUGAUCUUUACGAUGGAUAUUAGCGAACUGAAAUGGACGGAGCAGCAAUUGAUAUCUCGUUCAAAAGAGCUCGAGGAAUCGGAGCAAAAGUGGCGGAACUAUGCGGAGCAUUGUCCCCUUGGAAUAUGUCGUACAGAUGGUAAAGGCUAUGUCGAGUACGGAAACAAGGCUUGGUUGGCGAUUUAUAGCUUUACGCAGGGCGAAAUUCCCAAAGAUCCAUGUCCUUGGUUGCCGUGGAUUCGAGAAGAUCACGUACAGGGAUGCAAGGAAAUGUUUGCUCGACUUCAAGAACAACCUGGACCUGAAUCUGUCGAAUUUCAACUCGUGAACAAAACGUAUACUAUCUCGGGAGGCGAUAAUACCGUCACUAACGGCGCUUAUGUUGUUGCCACAGGGUUCUCCCAAUUCAAAGAGGAUGGGUCGGUCGACUAUAUGGAUUUUUGGGUAACCGACAUCAGCGGGCAGAAGAUGGCCGUCAAGGUCCUGACAGAUAAAAUGGAAGAGGCUAUCAGGUCAAAAACGCAACAGGAACGUUUUAUGGAUAUGAUAAGCCAUGAAAUUCGAAACCCUUUAUCCGCAGUCCUACAUUGUAGCGAGGAGAUAAUCGAAUCGAUGAAGAAAGCGGCUAAUGCGCUGAAUGUGGAACCUAACGAUCAGCCAUCCCCCGAUGCACGCAGUUCUAAGAAAGAAAGAGUGAUGAAAAGACAAAUAGGGAGUGCACUGGAUGCCGCCAGUACGAUUGUAUACUGCGUGCAGCAUCAGAAGCAAAUUGUUGACGAUGUAUUGACGGUUUCCAAGCUGGAUUCCGAUUUACUUGUCGUAUCCCCUAUUCCAGUCCAGCCGAUGGGACUCGUCCGUUCAUCCCUAAAGAUUUUCGACGCCGAGCUGAAGAUGACGGAUAUCAAGCUGGCAGUCAUAAAGGAUAACUCGUUGUCCACCCUGGACGUUGACUGGGUUCUCCUCGAUCCCAACAGGUUUCUUCAAAUUGUGAUAAACCUGGUCACAAAUGCCAUCAAGUUCACUAAAACCUCGAAAGCGAGGAAAAUUGUCGUAACGGCAGCUGCUCAUGUGCGCCGGCCUCUCGAAAGCGAGCUUGGCGUAGAAUUCGUGCCUCAUCGAUAUGCACCCGUUACCCCCGUAUCCGAUUUCAAAGAAAUAGGCGAUUCAGCUUCGGACGUUUUCAUGUCCUUCUCCGUCAAAGAUACAGGCAAGGGGUUAACGAAAGACGAGAAAGCACAGAUAUUCAACCGCUUCUCUCAAGCAUCUCCGAAAACACACAUAGAAUAUGGAGGGUCGGGGCUUGGCCUCUUCAUCGCCCGUCAAAUAACGGAGAUGCUCGGGGGGGAGAUAGGUAUGGCGAGUAGCGCUGGCGCGGGCUGUACGUUUGCGUUUUAUGUUAAGACUCAACGAUGCAUGCUACCACCUUCAACGCCGACAUCUAGAGAAUCAAUCAUCAAAUUAAACCGGUCGCUCAGCCUAACACCUGAUGGCAAUACUACAGUACCUAAAGAAAUAGAACGGGAGAUUAGCACACCCGACACCCCGAAGAGCUCAAAUAGUCCAGGACACGAUGAACCGCAUCUCAAGGUACUCGUAGUCGAGGACAAUUUGGUGAAUCAGAAGGUGUUAUGUAAGCAGUUGCGUAAUCGGGAUUUCGCUGUCAAGUCGGCCAACCAUGGACAAGACGCUCUCCAUGCUGUACAAGAAACUUACGCCGAUGAUGAAUCGCACGAUAAUAACCACUUCGACGUAAUUUUGUGCGAUAUCGAGAUGCCCGUGAUGGAUGGCAUCGAAUUCACAAAAGAGGUUCGAAGGCUCGAGGCAAAAGGUGAACUUCCGGGACACGUCCCGAUUCUUGGAGUUACGGCCAAUGUGCGCAGUAAGCAGGUUAGCGGCGCUAUCGAAGUUGGCAUGGACGGCGUUACAACAAAACCGUAUCGUAUCGAAGAGCUCAUCGCACACAUCGGCGGCGUUUGUGCCAAGUAG